AUGCUCCUCCAAAACGAAAAGAUUCCCACCGGGUAUGCGCCCCAAGAGGUCAAGGGUGCUGCCUCGGCAUCCUCCAUACAACUCAAGUCCUCAGGAGGCCACCCUGAGGACUUCACCUUCACAUUCGAAAUUGUAAGGUCAAAUGUCUUCCGUACAACCGUCACCUCGGAGACGCGUCCUGUCCCACCCUUCCCCAGCGCACACAAGCCCAGCACAGACCUGGCCCCGAAAGAUGUACAAGUCAAGACGUCAGAAAAGUCACAAUCUUUCACCACCUCCGACGUCAAAGCCGUCGUUGAAUGGUCAAACACGCCCAUUGUAUCCCUAUACGUCGGCCAAGAUGACUCCGUAAAACCCAUCCACGCCGACCUCCCCUUCCGCUCCUACGCCGCGGACGGUCCCGGCAUCGCUCACUACUCCUCCUACAAGAAGCACACACUCCACGUGGGGCUCGGAGAGAAGGCGGCGCCGAUGGACCUUGCGGGCCGCGGAUUCAUCAUCUCCGCGAGUGACACCUUUGGAUACGACGCCUACCGCACGGAUCCGCUAUACAAGCACAUCCCGCUCCUCAUCAAUGUCACGCCCGAAGGCGCCGUCGGCAUCUUCUCUACAGCCCACUCCCGCUCGACGUGGUCCAUCGGAUCUGAGCUCGACGGCAUGUGGGGUGCCUACAAGGUGCAUCGCCAGUCUCACGGCGGUCUCGAGGAGUACACCAUCGUCGGCAAGACCGUUGCCGAAGUCGUACACUCUUAUGCGGAGCUCGUUGGCUUUCCACUACGUGUGCCGCGGUACAUGAUGGGUUACAUUGGCGGUGGCAUGAAGUACAGCGCUAUGGACACUCCGCGGGCCCACGAAGCGAUCAUGGGGUGGAUCAAGAACUGCGAGAAGCACGAUAUUCCGUUCUCUGCGUUCCAGAUGAGCUCCGGGUACACUGUUGCUGAGCAAGAACCUAAGACUCGCAAUGUCUUUACGUGGAAUUACCACCGUUUCCCUGACCCGAGGGCUUUUACCCGCGAGGCGCACUCGCACGGUCUUCGCCUGUUAGCCAAUGUCAAGCCCUACGUGCUUGCUACGCAUCCCGCGUACAAGAAGCUGUCUGAAGACGGUGCUUUCUUCAAGGAUCCGUCCACUGGAAAGACUGCAGUAACGAGACUUUGGAGCGCUGGUGGAGGUGAGAGCGGAGAGGGAAGCCACCUGGACUUCACCAGCAACGCCGGAUAUCAGUGGUGGUAUGACGGUGUCGUUGGACUGAAGAAGGUCGGUAUUGAUGUCAUGUGGAAUGAUAACAAUGAGUAUACUGUGCCCGAUGAUGAGUGGCAAUGCGCCCUUGAGAAGACGGAUCUAGUACCGAUUCCCGAGGGCCUCAGCCGCAAGGAUGUUGGCAUUUGGGGCCGCGCGAUCCACACCGAGCUCAUGGGCAAGGCUUCUCAUGAUGCAACGAUCGAGGGCAAGCCUGAGGAGCGACCUUUCGUUCUCACGCGUAGUGCCACGGCCGGAACUAUGAAGUACUGCGGUGCCUCUUGGAGUGGUGACAACGUCACCGCCUGGGAGUCCAUGAGGGGCGGGAACUCUCUGGCCCUCAACGCCAGCUUCUCUCUCCUCCACUGCUACGGCCACGACAUCGGCGGCUUCGAAGGACCCCAACCUACCCCGGAGCACCUCGUUCGUUGGAUCCAGCUGGGCGUUCACUCCCCGCGGUUCGCCAUCAACUGCUUCAAGACCAGCGAGGCAGAUAACCUCAUCGGCGGCGUCAUCGAGCCCUGGAUGUACCCCACUGCAACGCCCAUCAUUCGGGCUACAAUCAAGCGCCGUUACGAGCUUGUCCCCUACACCUACUCCCAGAAUCUCCGCGCCCAUCACACCGCAACCCCACCCCAGCGUUGGACCGGUUGGGGCUACGAGGCUGACUCAGAGGUGUGGACGAAGGCGAUCAAGGACGGUGACACACAGUUCUGGUUCGGCGAUGCGUUCAUCAUUGGUGGCGUUUACGAGCCCGGUGUCGACACCGCAAAGGUGUAUCUCCCGAAGAAGGGCGACGGCAGUGACUUUGGAUUCCUCAACACAAAUGCGCCGUAUGAACACUUUGAAGCGGGUAAGUGGCACACAGUGCUCUCGCCUUGGUACAACUCUAUCCCCGUCAUUGCGAAGAUCGGCUCGGCUGUGCCUGUGGGUAAGCCGCUCGACACGACAUCGCUUAAGGAAGCGGACCCGGAGUUCCCGAACCAGGCCAAGGACGACUGGCGCGGCGUGGAGAUCUUCCCUCCGCUUUCACUGCACGUGAAGGGUGUGGUCUUCGAGGAUAGCUGGUACGAGGACGAUGGUAUCAGCCGUGAGGUGCCUGCCGAAUUCAAGUUCACCAUCCGAUAUGAGAUUGUGGAGCAGAGGAUCUCCGUUGAGGUCAAGGCUGUUGUUACUGAAGGCUCAAAGGAGAAGUGGAGUCCUCUGUGGCUCGAGAAGGGCGUUGAUGUGUUGUUGCCUGUAGGAGAAGAGCGGACGGUGAUUGUAAGCGGAGCCAAGGCUCAAGAGAAGUCGUUGGAUGCUCGCGGAAGAAGAGUGUGGACUGUGCCCGUCACUUUGUAA